AAAAGUUUCAAUUUGAUAUUCCAACAUUAAGCUUCAAUCAAAUGUGAUUUUCAAUCUUAAUAUUCCAAAUUAAUUAAUCUGAAAUUUGAGGUAUGAAAAUGAAAAGCAAGAAUUAUCAAUAAAUUACGUUUUUUUUGGUCAAAAUUAGCAUUACCCAGGACGGGGGAGAAGAAAGCGAAGAUGGGCAAGGGCGACAAAAACGACGAUGAAUUAGGUUGCAAGAAGUAUGGUGUCCCUCUCUACGGCGCUGCGUGGCUUCCAACAACCGCCCCCGCCGCCGCCUCCGUUGAAGAAGAUAAGGCAGCUGAGCCGGGAACUCCGGCGUCGAUCAGCCGCUACGUCGUUCUCGCUGGGGGUGGCGGAGAAGGCCACAGCGGAAUUCCCAAUGCUCUCCUCAUCUCAUCCUUUGAUUUCGAAUCCGCGUCUCUCUCAGAUGAGCCCGUGGCAAAACUUGGAACAGGUAGUGAUUUGCCAUACAGAAUUGCAGUGCAUCCUGGGGGAGAAGGUUUAAUCUGUUCAUUUCCCAAAAGUUGCAAAUGGUUUGAGUGGGAUUCAACCACUGGCAAGGAUGAGCAUACAUUGAAUCUGAAGUCAUCAGAGAAAACUCUUGUUCAAUUGGAAGAUGUUGGGCAACAAUUAGCUAUGACCUUCAGCAGUGAGGGAAAUUUACUUGCUGUUGGUGGUGAGGUUCUAUCACAGGAUGGCAAGUUAAGGGUUUUUAAGUGGCCUUCUAUGGAAAACACCCUUGACGAGGCCAAUGCUCAUGCUUCUGUUAAAGAUUUAGAUUUCAGUCCUGAUGGGAAGUUUCUCGUCUCUGUGGGAAGUGGCCCUGCAAGGAUAUGGAAUGUCUCAACAUCAACAUCUGUAGCUUCUCUACCAAGGCAAAAUGAUGAAAUAUUCGGUUUCUGCCGGUUCUCGCGGAGCAGCGACACAGAUCAAGUUCUGUAUAUAACAGCAAUGAGAGAUAAAGGUGGUUGUAUCAUAAAGUGGAACACUAGUUCUUGGAAAAGUAUAAGUUCAGCACAUGUUUCCCGAGAUCCAAUAUCUGCAUUCAAUGUAUCGCCUGAUGGAAAGCUUCUGGCAGUAGGAACUAUACAAGGGGAUAUUUUGAUAUUAAGUUCUGCUAGCAUGCGGAUACACAGUGUUGUCAAGAAAGCACAUCUCGGCCUCGUGACAACAUUGGCAUUCUCUCUAGACUCAAAGUUUGGCCUUGGCAUCUACAUCGCUAGAUUCGAGUGCAAGGGUGACUUUGGUCAAGGAGAAGAAAAAAGAAGGAAUGAGCUUGUGGACCAUCAUUUUGAUCAUCUUAUUAGCGAUAGCCGUGUAUUAUGCUACAACCAAAGAUCUUCUUCCUCUGAAGUUGUGAUUUUGCAGUGGAGUUAUGGAGUCUAGAUUAUCUAUUGCCAAAACACUAUAUGUGAAAGAUAAUAUAUUUUCAGACAGGAACUAUGUGUGUCAGUACAAUAAAAUGCUUCAUAUUUUGAUAUUCUGAUUGUGGAAUUUUUAAUAGCAUUGAGACUUUUAGAGUACGUUAAUGCUAUUGCCACGUUCCUUCUCCGUUUCCAUCUGCAAAAUACCCUNNNNUUU